UGGACUGUAGAUCCAAAAUCAGAAGACGAAGUUGUGAAUAUUACUUUCAUUGACAAAGAUGGGAAGAAAAUUGAUAUUCGAGGAAAAGUCGGUGAUAAUGUCCUAUUUCUAGCUCAGCGAUAUGGAAUUGAAAUGGAAGGUGCAUGUGAAGCAUCUCUAGCUUGUACAACUUGUCAUGUUUAUGUUGAAGGUGAACAUUUUGACAUCCUACCAAGUCCACAAGAAAUCGAGGAAGACCUGUUGGAUAUGGCACCAUUUUUGAAAGAGAACUCAAGAUUAGGUUGUCAAAUAACACUUUCUAAGGAGUUGGAAGGCAUGGUUCUAUCUUUGCCAAAAGUUACUAGGAACUUCUAUGUCGAUGGUCAUAAACCAAAACCACAUUAGAAAUUGUUUAUUGGGAACUUACCUGUGAUAUUAUUAGAACUUUAGAUUAAAUCAAACUAUUUUGUAGUGUAGUAUUGGAACUUAUUAUUUGUUGGAUAUUUUAAUAAACUUUUGCGGACGUUUAACUUGUAACCGGUGGCUACUAGGCACUUUCUAAACUUAAUUUAAAUUAUCAGGUUCACUAUUAAACAAGAUUGAAGAUGGAUGACGCGUUGGAAGCAGCAAAUAAAGCGGUGAACUUCGACCAAGUGGGCCAGAAAGAGGCCGCUUCCUAUUACUAUUUGGAAGCUAGUCGCCUUCUGCAAUUGGCUAGCGCUGCCGAAACCGAUGAAGGCAAGCGUACCGAUUUGUUGAACAAGGCUCAGCAGUACAGAGAAAGAGCUGGGCAGAUCGAUAUUCUCCGACUGUGCGAAAUGACGAAAAAUUCUCAGCUGGCGGAUCAGCGUGAUCAGCAGAGUCUGCGCAGAUGUCGCUUUUUGUCCAGUCAAGCUCUAGAUGCUGACGAGGCUGGUCAGAAGGAGUUAGCUCUACAACUUUACUUGCAAGCGGUCGAACUUAGUUUGGCUACAAGAAAAGAAAUAUCGGACGUGGAAAUUCAGAACAAAUUGAAUGCGUUGGCUAGUCAGGCUCUAGACCGGGCCGAGCAGCUAAAAGGUCUGCCGAAAAUCAGCGAGAAGAGUGAAACAGCUGCUGUGUCCACUGAGGACGACUCUCCGACUGCCAACCUCAGACCGUUCAAGCCUCAGCAAAAACCCACUUUGAGCAACGUCAAUCAAGAGAAGAGUGUGGACACCCAACGCACGUUGCACAGAGGUAACAGCGGUCACCUGAAAGUGACGGGUACCACCGCCUACACCGAGGAAGAGAAACGAGUUCUGCUGGCUACAUCACGAAUCAACAAACACGAAUAUGUGCCUUUCAUGAGUGUCGAUCUCAAGGAGAGAUUCCAGUAUGCGAUUCCGUUCAGUGACCGCGAUGGCGCAUUGCAGCUGUCGCCCAAGCAGCAGAAGGACUUCGCGCGCUGGGCUCGGCCUGACGAGUUCUGCUCCGAUCCGAAGAUGGUCGUCGGCCAACUUGUCGACUUCUUCGCUAUCAAACAAACUGUUGUUUCUGAUUGUUCUUUUGUGGCAUCUUUAGCAGUCAGCGCACUCUAUGAGAAGAAGUUUGGACGACGACUUAUCACCUCAAUUAUCUAUCCCAGAAAUCGAAACAACCAGCCGGUUUACAAUCCUUUCGGUAAAUACAUGGUGAAACUUCACCUGAACGGAGUGCCUCGGAAAGUGAUUAUAGACGACACGCUGCCUCUGGGAAAGCAUGGAGAACUGUUGUGCUCCUAUUCAACCAACCGCAACGAGAUCUGGAUUUCGAUCUUAGAAAAGGCCUACAUGAAAGUGAUGGGCGGAUAUGACUUUCCAGGAUCCAAUAGCGGCAUAGAUUUGCACGCGCUAACAGGCUGGAUUCCGGAACGCACGUCGCUACAGCAGUCUGAUCUGGACAAAGACGGCCUAUUCAACAAACUGCUGACUAGGCUGCAUAAGGGGGAUGUGCUGGUCACUGUUGCGACUGGCCAUUUAUCAGAGAGCGAUGCCCAGCGGUCAGGACUCAUACCCUUCCACGCAUAUGCUGUGCUCGAUGUUCGAUUGGUGGAGGGCGCGCGCCUGCUGCAGCUGAAGAACCCGUGGUCGCACGUGCGCUGGCGCGGCAACUACUCGGAGCUGGAUGGCGCGCACUGGACGCGCAGCCUGCAGCGCGCACUCGACUACGACCCCAACAGUGCUGCCACCUUCGACAACGGCAUCUUCUGGAUCGACUACGACAGUAUUCUCAAAUUCUACGACGUCUUCUACCUCAACUGGAACCCGGAACUGUUCACGCACACCUUCUGCAUACACGAAACGUGGGAAGCAGGCCUGGGUCCUGUGAAAGACGCGUACAACAUCGGGGAGAACCCUCAGUUCAGUUUGGAGGUGAACUCAAAUGUAGGAGCAGUGUGGGUGCUGCUCACCAGACAUAUCACCGACAUUAACGAUUUCAGGGAGAACACUGAGUACAUUACCGUGCUUGUUUACAAGAAUGACGGCAAACGAGUCUAUUAUCCAAAUGACCCGCCUCCUUACAUCGAUGGAGUCAGGUUGAAUUCGCCUCACUACUUGUGCAAGAUAAUUCAGAAGGAGGGAAGCCCCAGGCGGUAUACACUGGUGGUGUCGCAAUAUGAGAAAAUGAACACCAUCUAUUACACUCUGAGGGCGUAUGCAACAUGUCCAUUCACACUUUCCAAAAUCAUCAAUCCCUACAAUUUCACUAGAAAGAUAGCAGAUGGUAGUUGGUCAGGCGCGACGGCGGGAGGUUGCAAAAACCACCCCUCUACCUACCCCAACAACCCCUGCUAUCAGCUGACUUUGGAUGGAUAUCUGGAUCACUCGCUCCUCAUCGACCUCAAAGGCCCCAAGCAGUACUCAAUUGGAGUCGAAAUCAUCACCAAAUCCAUCAACGAUCCUGAUAAAACUGCUCCCUUCACUAGUAAAUCAUCUGGGCCUUACAGGUCUGGAUUUGUCAUUUUGGAAUUGGAAAAUUUGCCCGGUGGUACUUACGAUAUAAUACCUUCAACAUUCUACCCAGCUCAAGAAGGACCUUUCUUCCUCACAAUAAAAGCAUCUUGUGUAUUCGAAGUACGAAGAAUAAGUUGAAAUACAUAAAUAGGUACUGAGUGAAUUUCCUGUAAUUAUCCUAAUAUAUAUUUAAACGCCCUACUCCAUUAACUUCUUGUACUAUUAAAUUAUAAAUGACUAUUUUUUUAUUGAAAUUAUAUUUUCAUCUUAUUAAACUAUAAAUGCAUUAAUACCUGUUAACUUAUUAUUGUUAUUGCAUUAUUUUAAUUGUUCCAUUCGAAUAGCCUCUUAAAUUCAUUGUUAAUAAGCUGUAAAAUAGUUCAUUAUGCAAUUCGUAAUACAACAGUAUUUUUCAACUCUAUCUACCGACAGACUUCGGGAGGCAAAUCUUUGUUUUUCUUCAUUUCGCCAUCAAGUUGAUAAAGUCCUUUAUUCGUUUGUAUCAAGUUUUUUUCCUUCUUGCUGAGCACAAUUCCAAACGAAACUUCACUGGAAGACUUGGACAAGUCACAGCCGAGAAGUUCCACCUUUCCAUUUUCAUGAGUUUUAAUCCUCCAAUCUGUUAUUGGCGUGCGUGAGUGAGAUUCAGCAACGGCAUCAAACUCUCGAUGAGAGGAGUCCUUGACUUCAACUUUUGAAUCAGACUCAGACUUGGACCGAGCACGCCUGCCGAUGCUCAGCGAGAGACUACCGAAUUGUGGAAUGUCAAAGCUCUGUGCACUUGAUGACUGGCCCAACAUCACAUCAGUCGGAAUCGAUGACACAUGUCACAUCACCGGUACACCUAUCUGUGUAGAUUGAAAUGCAGCACUUUCGAAUUCCGUUGUGUCUGAAUGUGAGUCUUGGUCAAAUAUUAAGAAUUUGAAAAGCGUCUACUAUGCACUGUUUCAUUCCCUUCUGUCAUACGGAGUCGCGUUUUGGGGAAACUCAACAGAAUCAAUUCAAAUAUUCCGAGUCCAAAAAUGGGCCAUUAGAGUUAUGGUAGGUGAGACAGUGAGAACAAGCUGCCGACCUUACUUCAAAGAGCUUGAAAUCCUUCCUCUCCCCAGCCUUUUCAUUCUUGAAUGUAUUUGCUUGAUAAAGAAAAAUGAGAACGAUUUGAAUAGAGGAUCUAUGGUUCAUUUCUAUGAAACAAGGAGACGUCAUCAUCUUAGAGAUGAACAUCAUCGAACAACCCUUUUUGCUAGAGGUGCUAAGAGUUUAGGUAUCAACCUUUUUAAUGCAUUGCCUGACCAUCUUAAAAAUCUGGAAUUUGGAAAAUUUAGAAAUGAGUUGAAGAAGGAGCUACUUAAAUUUUGUUUUUAUUCCGUAAACGAGUUUAAUGAGUAUUUCUCCUGCAAUUGAGUAACUCUUUUACAAACUAUAUUGACAUUAGAAUUCAAAUUGACAAAUCCUUAAUACCCCUUUAAAAGGAGGUCAUGGGAAGCUUAAAAAAUAUCAAAUAUCAAAUAUGUUAUUCUAUUUUUGAUAAAAGUGAGUCAUUAUGAUUUUAUAAAUUCAAUCUAUGAGAUUUAAUGGGUUUUAUAAUUGAUUAUGGAUCAUAGUUUGUCAAUUAUACUAUAUUAUGCUUUGUUCUAAAAAUUAUUGUUUGUAGAAUAGUUUAUCCCUAAUAGACCCAAGCGUGUGGCACCAUUGAUUAAACAACCCUUAUUAAUUUAAUAAAUUGGUACUAUUUAUACAAGGAAUUUAAGUAAGUAGGAUAUUAAGCUAGAAAUUAGAUUGUUCAAUCUUUGAAAUUUUAUACAGCUUGUUAUUGAAAAUUUUAAUGUUCUAAAUACCUAUUGUCUUUAAUCUUGUUAAAACGCCAUAAUUGUUUGUUAAAAUGUCUAAUAAGUUGAUUUUUAUUAUUUUAUUCGAAAUAAAUUAAUACAAGCCAAA